CUCGCCUGAACGCAACAUUUCACACGUCCACCGGUGGAGGAGACGAAGCUCACUCACGGCUCGGUUUUAGGCUGAAAUAGCAUCCGCUAUCUGCACUCAGGAGCUACUUUCUGCACCAUGGAGGAGAAACAAAUCGUUAAUUUCGGCCCUGGACCAGCAAAACUCCCCAAAUCAGUGCUGCUCCAAGCACAGAAAGAGCUCUUAAACUACAGCGGAUUAGGUAUCAGCAUCCUCGAAAUGAGUCAUCGAUCGUCAGACUUCAACAAAAUCCUCAACAAGACAGAAAGUCUCCUCAGAGAGUUGCUAAACAUCCCAGGAAACUACAAGGUGCUGUUUCUGCAGGGCGGCGGGUCCGGGCAGUUCAGCGCAGUUCCUCUCAACCUCAUCGGCCUCAAAGGGGACAGGUGUGCCGAUUACCUGGUAACCGGCACGUGGUCGGCAAAGGCGGCAAAAGAAGCAGAGAAAUACGGAAAAGUCAACGUUGUUCACCCAAAGCUGCAUAGCUACACGAAAAUCCCCGAGCCCAGCAGCUGGACCCUGACCCCCUCAGCCUCCUACGUGUACUACUGCUGCAACGAGACGGUUCACGGAGUAGAAUUCAGCUUCACACCUGAAGCAAAGGGGGUGGAGCUAGUCUGCGACAUGUCCUCCAACUUCCUGUCCCGUCCUGUAGACGUGUCGAAGUUUGGGCUCAUUUUCGCGGGGGCUCAGAAGAACGUGGGCUGUGCGGGAGUCACGGUGGUCAUCGUCCGCGAGGACUUGCUGGGCCACGCUCUGAAGGAGUGUCCCGUCGUUCUGGACUACAAGGUUCAGGCCGAAAUGAGCUCGCUUUACAACACGCCGCCAUGUUUCAGCAUCUACAUCACCUGUCUGGUUCUGGAGUGGAUCAAGAAUAAUGGCGGCAGCGCUGCCAUGGAGAUGCUCAACAAGCAGAAAUCCUCCCGGAUUUAUGACAUCAUCGACUCUUCUAAUGGUUUCUAUGUGUGUCCCGUGGACGUGUCCUGUCGAAGCCGCAUGAACGUGCCGUUCCGUGUGGGGAGGAAGGAUGGUGACGAGGCCUUGGAAAAGAAGUUUCUGGAUGGAGCCCAUGAGCGUGGGAUGAUUUCACUAAAAGGACACAGGUCAGUGGGAGGAAUCCGUGCUUCUCUGUACAACGCUGUGACCCUGGAGGAUGCUGAGGCUCUCGCUGACUACAUGACAAACUUCCUCAGAGAGCAUCAUUAUAAAUAAACUCUCACAUGUUAACAGUUCAUCCAUUUAAUGUUUUGUUUAAGAAAGAUUAAUGUUUCUAAAAUAAAAAACCCUCUUACUUUCAAUAAGCCCUAACCUCUGCUGUGUGUCUCAGAUUUACCUUUUAAAUGUAUUUAACUAAUACUUGCUGCUGUGCUUAUCUAGACUGUUCUGUUUGCAUUCCAAUAAAUCUAAUUUGAACACUA